AUGGCGCCCUCAGCAACAGACGACCUCCCUCCUCUGCCUGGACCUCCCGAGAGAAGCUAUCCGCCAGCGAAGAUAUUCCCCGUGAAGGAAGCAAGAUUCGAAAAACCUAUUCCAGUACAGCAGGAUGGAAGAGAGAAGGCAUCGGCGCACCCAGGUGCGGCCAUUGUCAUCGACAAUGGCUCUUCGGCAGUACGCGCCGGAUGGUCGUUCGAGGACAAGCCGAGACUGAACAUCCCCCCGAUCAUGUCCAAGUACCGCGACCGUAAAGCCGGAAAGACAUACUCCUUCGCUGGCAGCGAUUGCUACGCUGAUACGACAGCUAGAAGCCAUAUCCGAUACGCUUUCGAACAAGGGACAGGUAUCGUCAGCAAUUGGGAUGUUAUGGAGCAUGUUCUCGACUACGUCUUUCUGAAGCUCGGGUUGAAUGGCGACGAUGCGUCCAUUGACAUGCCAAUCGUCAUGACAGAGACCGUGGCCAAUCUGCCGUAUUCACGGAAGUCGAUGACCGAGAUCGUCUUCGAAUGCUACGGCGCGCCAUCGCUGGCAUACGGCAUCGACUCCCUCUUCUCCUACCGACACAACAAAGGAAACACGGGCAUAGUAGUCUCGUCGUCCUACACAUCCACACACGUAAUACCGGUCUACAACCACAAGGCGAUGCUGAGCCAAGCCACAAGACUGAACUGGGGCGGCUGGCACGCGGCGGAAUACCUGCUGAAGCUCAUCCGACUCAAAUACCCCUCCUUCACGGGAAAGAUGAACGUGUCACAGGCAGAGCACAUGCUACGCGACCACGCUUACGUCUCAAAUGAUUACGACAACGAGCUUCGUGGCUACCUAGACUGGACCGGUCUCGAAGACCGGGACAUCGUCAUGCAAUACCCAUUCACGGAGGAGGUCGUCAUCCAAAAGACGGAGGAGGAACUGGCCCGCAUCGCCGAGCGGAAGAAGGAGAGCGGCAGGCGGUUACAAGAGCAAGCUGCAAAGAUGAGGUUGGAAAAGCUCAUGCGUAAGGAAAACGAACUCGAGCACUACAAGAAGCUCCAAGCCAAGAUCGAACAACAGACGAACAAGAAGGAGGUCCGGCGCCUCUUGGACAGUAACGAUCUCAAGGACGAGGCUGCCCUCGAGAAGGCCAUCGACGUCCUCGACAAAGCCGUCAAGAAGGCUCGAACAAAGGACGUCGGAGGUGACCCCGAAGAGGACCAGAAAGAGCCCGUCUUCGACCUUCUCGACGUACCCGACGAAGAGCUCGACGACGCCGGCAUCAAGGCCAAGCGCCAGCAAAAGCUCAUGAAGUCCAACCACGACGCCCGCGCCCGCGCAAAGGCAGAGAAGCAAGCCGAAAAGGCACGCGUCGAGGAGGCGAAACGCCUCGACCAGGAGCGUCGAGAGAACGACCUUGAGGGCUGGCUCGAGGAGAGGCGCCAGGCCCGCAACCUCACGCUCCAGAAGAUGAAGGAGCGGGAACGCCUCAAGCAGGACCUCGGAAACCGCAAAUCCCUCGCGUCACAGAUCCGCAUGAAGAGCAUCGCCAACCUCGCUUCGGACCAACCCACCAAGAAGCGCCGCCGCGGCGGAGACGACGACAACUUCGGCGCCAACGAUGACGACUGGGGCGUAUACCGCCAGAUCGCCGUCGGCGACAACAGCGACGACGAGCAGGAGGAGGAGGACCUGAACGCCAACCUGAAAAACUACGAACAGGACCUCCUCCGCUACGACCCCGCCUUUACGUACGAGGACACCCACGAGGCCCAGACGGACUGGUCGAAAUCGAUGCUGCACGCCUUCGCCCGCGGCCCCCGCCCCUUCGACGCCGGCUCCCAGGCCGAGCUGAGCCAGAUCCACCUCAACGUCGAACGCAUCCGCGUCCCCGAGGUCGUCUUCCAGCCCUCCAUCGCCGGCGUCGACCAGUCCGGCCUCGUCGACAUCAUCGGCGAUAUCCUCAACCAGCGCCUCGGCGCCGUGCCCAACCGCGACGACUUCCUCCGCGACGUCUUCCUCACGGGCGGCAACACCAUGUUCCGGGGCUUCGACGAGCGCCUGCGCGCCGGCCUGACGCCGCUGCUCCCCGCCGAGUCGCCCCUGAACAUCCGCCGCGCCCAGGACGCUCUGCUGGACGCGUGGAAGGGCGCCGCCGGAUGGGCGGGCACCGAUGCCUGGAAGACCGCCACCAUCACGCGCGAAGAGUACCAGGAGAAGGGGUCCGAGUAUAUCAAGGAACACGACCUUGGCAAUACUUCGUAUGCAUGA